AUUAUUUACCAUUUGCAACCUUUUAAAUAAGCUACUGGAAAAGUAGUGAAGAUGUAAACCUUAUUAAAUGUUUUUCAGUCAUAGGCACUUAAGCCACAUUUCCUUAUGACACUUUUUGUAGAUAGUGGCUUAACAAGUUUGGUCACACCUUUGCAUACCUAAAUCAAAACUAAACGUAGCAGUCUCUCUUCACGUCUGUUUCACGCCUUGUUUUGUUAUAACUAAGCCACAGAAGCGAGCAGGUAUCAGUUCGUCCCUCCUGGACUUGAAUCACGUCUAAAACCCAGGAGGAAUCAUCAAUGCUUUUUAGUGGCUACAUUUAUGUCACCUUUGAUUCACUGGGACCCAAUGGGUAAACCGAGAGUUACAAUCGCUGCUUUCACAGGUAAUCGGAUGAUUUACUUUUGGUUUCUGGGUUUUCUUUCCUCACUCGGCUGUGCUGCUCCCGUUUCAGAGACUUUCACGGUUUCAGUAAAGUCUCAUGUCUCAGUCCAGCGAGGCCAUACAGCCAUCUUACCCUGCUGGCUCACUUCCUCUCAAAGUGCAGAAGAUAUGGAGGUGCGCUGGUAUCAUUGGGGUGAUCCGUAUGAUACUCCACUCCUGCUUUAUAAGGCAAGAACUUUCGACCACUCAUCCCAGAAAGCUUCGUUUGCUGGCCGAGUCUCAUUCGGCUUAAAGGAAGAAACAUCAGGUGGAUUAAAGGCAGGUGAUGUCAGCCUGAAACUGGAAAACAUCACAAUUAAAGAUUUUGGAAAAUAUAUAUGCCUUGUCAGCAGCUUUGAUGAUUCUGACAGUGCAACUAUUAGUCUGAGUGUUACAGAAACUGGACACCAACCUCUCCUGUCAGCAGUGAUGAAAGACCAUAACAAAGUUAAUGUGAGCUGCCAAUCUGACGGCUGGUAUCCAGAGCCUGAGCUGAGCUGGUCAGACAGCAAAACAGCUCUCACACCUGCUAAUGUGAUGUUUAGCAAAAUCUCUGCUGGUUUUUAUUCAGUCCAUAGUUGGGUUCUGGUCUCCAGUCCCUUUGAGGUCUCCUGCUCUGUUGGGCUCUUCAAAGAAGAACCUAAGGAGACCAGAAUGCGUCUGGAAAAUCCUGUAUCAUCCAAAAGAGAGGCAGAAUGGUCCGUAGUUGGAUUGGUGGCCCUUGGGACACUUCUGGCAGCAGUAUUAGUUGUAUUUUUAUUCUUGUACUUCUUGUGCUUCAAGAAUAAAGCUAACAAGAGCCAAUUACCAGAAGACACAAUUGAUGGGGGUAUGAACACAGAUGGAGAGAAUGAACCACUUCUGCCUACAGAAACACGGCAGCCAACGACUCUAUCAGAAGCAUCCAAGCAUUAUGUGAAUGUUCAACUGGUGGACACAGGCAAUAAGCUAAUAAAAAUGGAGGAUUCUAUACUGAGAGAUAAUGCUGAUGCAGAGUUUCCAGAUGGAGACAGAGUCACUUGUCUCACUGCAGUCAGAGGAUCACCUGGUUUCUCUUCUGGACGACACUACUGGGAGGUUUCAUUAGCAAAUACAGAUAUAGACCUCAAGAAGUCCUGGUGGAUCGGAGUUACAGAUAAACAUGAAAUCCCUCAUGAUGCAAGUUUCCCUCCAACCACAAAAAAUGGUUUCUGGUUCUUGUCUUCUUGCCCCAACCAGGAGGAUACUGUUCAGUUUAACACUGAACCAGAGACAUUCAUUUAUGUCCAGUCAAAUCCAAAAACAGUCGGUGUGUAUUUGAACUUUGACAACAGAAAAAUCUCCUUCUAUAAUGUGGAAGAGAAAUGUCUGAUUGGAUCUCUGGCAGCAAAAUUCACAGGUGAACUGUUCCCACUUUUUAACCCUGGAAAAGGUGAUGUAGGAACUAUGAAGAUAUUACAGAGAUCUGUGCAGGAUCAGUCAAUUAACACUUAACCUGUGGAGAAACUACAAGAGUUGGAGCAAGAUCAGGCAUGACUGAGAAUCCAGAGGCAGAAAGUUAAAAGUGGCACAAAUGAAGAAGAAGAA